AUGCCAACACAACCACCAACUCACAUCCCAAGUAAAGCACCUACCGCCCUUCCUACUUCAGCACCCUCAUCCGCGUACUCUUGUUUUGCAGCCAAAUCCGAUCUUGUCUCUGCCAUUUCUGCUGACUGGACUAACAAUCUAGCUUUCCCAUACACAACGUAUGGGCCCAUCUCUGGCUGGUGCUUUGAACCAUCUGUGACUGACUUUAGUGGAUUAUUUUCAUCUAUGACAUUGAAUGAAGACAUCAAUGGAUGGGAUGUGUCUAAUGUGGAAGAUAUGUCAUUUUUGUUCAAGUCAGCUACGUAUGCAGGAUCACUGGGGAACUGGGACGUUUCGAAAGUUACAUCCAUGCAGAGUAUGUUUGAGUCGACCAGUUCCUAUUCAGAAUCUCUGACUGCCUGGAACACAGCGAAAGUACAACGAAUGGACAGAAUGUUUGGCGACAACAAUGCCUUUAAUGGUGACGUCUCAACCUGGGAUGUUUCAUCUGUGGGGGACAUGUUCGCCAUGUUUACUGGACCCAGUGCCUUUGCAGGGGACAUCUCAGCAUGGAAUGUUGCUUCCGUAACUGACAUGGGGGUAAUGUUUGAAUGGAACUAUGUAUUCAACUCAGAUAUCUCUAAUUGGGAUGUUUCCAACGUUGUCAGGUUUGAUGAGAUGUUUGAUACCGCUACAUCUUUCAAUGUAGACAUCUCCAGCUGGGUUCCUGCAGCGGGGACCGAUUUCACGGAUAUGUUUCGAUAUGCAUCCAGCUUCAACAGGAAUCUGUGUAGCUGGGGCAGCAGCAUUCUCGAAACGAAUGCCUGGGUGGACUUCAUGUUUGAUGAAUCUUCUUGUCAGUAUAACAGCGAUCCCAACCUUUUCUCAUCCCCAAAAGGUCCUUUCUGCUUUGCUUGCACUUGA